CCCGCGAGUUUCGAAUAUGGCAUAUUUAAAUGGACGAUUUCAAUACUUUUACAAAGAAAAUGUGGAAUUGGAUAUAGUACAAACGAGAGGAAAAUCCCUGUUUGUAAAAGAAAUAGUUGAAGAAAUUCUAAUUUACGUCCACAAUGCAGACAAGAGAUUUUCGAUACAUAAAGAGUGCGUUGGGAGUUUUCAUUCGUAUACCAAAGUGUCCGAAGCAGAUGAAUUUGACUUCAGUGUAGUGUUUGAUACCGGGAUGACGCAUCAGUGGUUACAUUUACAUCAAACACCAUUCUAUGACUUUGACAGAAAGACGAAAAAAGUUAUACAUUCCAGGAAUCCACUACCAAGUAUGUUAUUGAAAUUUCCCUUACUUGUUAACACUUCGGUUCAAAUAUGGAAGCCUGAAGGAUUAAAUGAAGGACCAAACUGUGUUACGAAUGGCGAUUUUAUUGUUCCAAUCAGUGUGAAAAGACUAUUUAAAACUCUAGUUUGUGAUGCUAUUCACUGCAUCAAUGAAACCCGAACUCCCAGUAAUCACAAAGUUAUUGUGCAAAAUCUUAACGAUUCGCCAGCUUUGACAUUGACCAUAAGACAACUGGAGGAAGACGAUAUAAACAUAGACAUGGCUCCGUUGCUUAAGUUACAGUUACCAUUUCAGUCUGAGACGAGAUGGCAGCCUAACUUUGGAUGGCCCAUACCUGGAGCUAAGUGGCCGUCCUCUGCAAAAGUACAGCAAAUGUUUGCAAUCGGCAUAAACUUAGUGACAACAGACCUUCUAUAUUGGAAACUUUCAUUUGCCACAUGUGAAAGAGAACUUUUAAAGGACAUUGAUAGGAAUGGAUCAUGUCGGAGAAGGUCCCUUAGGAUAAUGAAACGACUUUGUGAGCUAAAUUGGUGUCCUAAAGUGGUGACCGACGGUUUAACAUCGUAUCAUUUGAACAACAUUCUAUUCUUCGAGUGUGACAGCUACCCAGAGGAUCAUCAAUGGCGUAUGAGUCUUAUAGGGGAAAGAAUCCUCUCUAUGUUGGGACGGCUUCUUCAGCAUAUUCAAAACAAAAACUUGCCACAGUACUUCAACAGACGGAAUAAUCUUUUUGUAAAGAAAAGCCAUCGAUCUUUAGACGAAGCUGGAAUAUACAUAAAGCAAUUUAUAAAUAACCCAGAAAUGUAUUUGAAUAAGAAAUACAAAUAAAAUAUUAAGUAUAAAUAAACAUAUUCUGUACAAAACAUAAAACCGUGUAACCGAUGAUAUUGAGAAAUAAACAGAUUAAAGUACUGA